AUGCUAUUGGAUCUUCUACAAGAAACCACUCUUGAUGAACAGACAUGUGAUACUGAGAUAGCCUUGCGUCAACAAGUCUCAAAGAUGGAAGAGAUACGCCCGGGUAUUCUCACAGAUGCAAUGCUGAGUAGUCUGCACAAGGUUAUCGCAAUAGUCUCGGACCUCUGUCCUCAGUUCGAAGACUUUUCUCUUGUCUUCUAUAUGGAAAAAGACAUAAUGAACCACGCAUUUGGUGCCUACGUUGAGGCGUAUGCGAUAACUAUCACCAGAUCUAAUUAUAUGGACUUAUCUCCUUCGUCGCUCUUGAUCUUCCCCACGUGGAGUCAUACUAUAAGAUUCAUUAACCAAUAUGUUCUGAUUCCCUUUCUACCAGAACCUAGGCUCUACAGCCUACAGGUCAAGUCCGAAAUCCGCUUUCAGAUGAAACAACUCAUCGAUGAAUCUACGGUAGCUUUGAAUAGGAUUAAUAUCAGUAGCGAGGUUUGA